UGCACCGAUUGUGGUGGGACAGUGAUCGAAUAUGAUGCCGCCGCAGGCAACGGCUUCUGUGUAGCGUGCGGGACGGUCGUGGAGGAGAAUACAAUUGUGAACGAAGUCACGUUCGGAGAGACGUCGACUGGUGCUGCCAUGGUGCAGGGUUCAUAUGUCGGCCACGGCGCAACACAUGCCAGGAUCGGAGGACCGUUUGGGAACAGAGGGAACAGUGAGUCGAGGGAGCAGACGAUCGAGAACGCGAACCGCAAGAUAUUGAGUAUCGCUUCUGUACUGCGUCUAUCGGAGUCAGUAUCUACGGCCGCAAGGCGCUAUUAUACCCUCGCUGUAGAGCAUAAAUUUACCAAGGGCCGCAAGAGCCUGAAUGUCGUAGCUGUGUGCUUGUACGUCGCCUGUCGAAAGCAAGAGACGCGUAAGUAUAUGCUCAUUGACUUUUCUGACCUCCUCCAGGUCAACGUCUUCGAGCUCGGGCAUACCUACCUCCAGUUUGUCCAGGCGCUCGAACUGCGCAUCCCCCUGGUGGACCCAUCGCACUAUAUCUCGCGCUUCGCGGCGCUCCUGGAGUUUGGCGACGAGACGCACAAAGUCGCGACCGAUGCCGUGAGACUCGUCCAACGCUUCGACCGCGAUUGGAUGACCAAAGGCCGGAGGCCUGCUGGAAUCUGCGGUGCCGCACUGUUCUUGGCCGCGCGAAUGAAUAAUUUCCGUCGCUCCAUAGAGGAAAUUGUUCAGGUGGUCAAGAUUGCCGACACAACAUUGAAGAAGCGCUUGGACGAAUUCAAGAAAACGCCGAGUGGAUUACUGACGCUGACAGAUUUCCGGACGGUUUGGUUGGAGGAGGAGAUGGAUCCUCCAGCAUUUCUGAAAGGAAAGGAGGAGGAAGAGCAGAAGGAGGAAGAGGAAGGCAAUAAGAGGAAAAGCAAGAAGAAGGGGCAGAAGAGGAAGAGAGUGAGCGAGGGUAAGGAUGUGGAAGGGAAUUUGGCUCUAGACCGACUGGGGAUGGUGUCAACGUUCUUGCGCAAUGAACAGGGCACAUUACUCAAUGAGGCUCUGGAGGCGGCGGCCGAACGACGGCACGCGCAGUUCAGCGUCGUGGACGAGCUCCUAGGAUUGAACGAGGAGGAGCUCGACGCCUUUCUGCUGAGCGAAGAGGAAGUGCGGAUCAAGGAGAGAGUCUGGGUCGAGAUGAACAAGGAGUACUUGGAAGCUAUCGCGUGUCCCGACUCAUUCGUACGUGCGCAGCGUCGGAAAACCAAUACCAAGCCCCGCGAUGCGUCUACGCCGCAGGGUAGCACAGCAGCGGAAUCAGUACAAAGUUUGUUGAAGAAGAAUGCCAAGUAUAGCAAGCGGAUCAACUAUAAUGCCCUCAAAGAUCUCUUCGACGGGGACGAGAAGAUCGAAGGGCAUGGGCUGUACACUAUCGAUGACUACAAGGAGGGAAUAGUCAUCGAAGAGGAAGGCGGCGGCGAUAUAGGGAAGGGUCUCGCUGGCCAUCUUGGGGGUGAUGACGAUGCAGAGGGUGAAGAGGAUGUGGGAAGCCAGAAGGGUGAUGACUACGGAUGGGAAGAUACAUACGAGCAAGAGGUCUGA